CUCCACAUCUUCUUAUUCUUCUCUACUUCAAUGGUUUUUAACAUUUUCAUUGUAUGAGAUAGAGAGAUAACAAUGGCAGGAAGCGAGAUUCAACAACCCUUUAGCCUUACUUUUCAGGAGAGUUCUAUACACUCGGGAUCGAUAUCGUUUGGGAGAUUCGAGGAAGAAGGGUUAUCAUGGGAGAAGAGAUCAUCGUUUUCACACAAUAGGUAUCUUGAAGAAGUUGACAAGUGCUCAAAACCUGGCUCUGUUACUGAGAUGAAAGCUCAUUUCGAAGCUCAUUUCAAGAAGAGAGGGAUGCGAGUUCCUGCUUCUAUUGAAUCUCAGACUUGGGGUGUUCGUCAAAAAAGUUAUGAUGAUGAUGCAACUGAAAGUUUCGAGGAUUAUCGAUCUGAUGGGAGUUUCUCUGAGAACACGAGUCAAUCAGAGAGUCCUUGUAACUACCAAGGGAAGAUUCAGUGUGAGUAUGUUGAGGAAUGUGAUGUGAGCUAUGAUGAGAUUGUUGUGAAUACGGAUGAUGUGAUCGAGCUUGAUGAAGAAGGCGGGACUCUUGAUGUUUCUUUGGACAAAGUUGAAGUAGUUUCAGUGGAGUGUGUAGCUAUUAAAGAAGAUAGUUGUGAGGAUCUUGGAGAACAAGAGAUGUCUCUAGAGAUUGAGAUUCGAGUUGAUGAUGAGGAUAAAGAGCAUUGUGUUGAAGUUCAAGAAACAGAAUCAAGACUUGAGGAACAUGUUCAAGAAAAGGCAUCUGAUGCUACGGAAAGACCAUCAUCUGCAUGUGGACCAAAGUCUCUGCCAAAUGCAAAACCUAUUAGUCCUAAAGCUGUGAGUGUGACUAAAGCUUCUACAAAGAGACAUGAUGUAACUCCAAAAGCUGCUUCUGUGAGGACAAAGGGUUCUUCUUUAAAGACUAACUCUAAAACAAAAGUUGAUGCCAAGAGCCAAAUAGGUUUAAGACCGAAGAUAAGUGUUGAAUCUCGACCUUCAACAGCGAAGAAAAUAGAGACUCGAAUUGCCACAAACAGGCCCAAGACUAGUUCUUGUUCUGCUAAGCUGGAGAUGAGUACAGGUGUUACUAGUUUCCGUUUCAAAUGUAGCGAACGAGCUGAGAAGAGAAAAGAGUUCUAUAUGAAAUUGGAGGAGAAAAUACAUGCUAAAAAGACAGAGACUAACCAGGUUCAAGCAAAAACACAGCAAAAGGCAGAAGCUGAGAUAAAGCAAUUCAGAAAAAGCCUCAACUUUAAGGCAACACCAAUGCCUUCAUUUUACAACACCAUCACUAGACCGGUGUCUCGUAACAAGACCGAGCAAUCUAAAGUAGCACCAUCAAGACCACGAAGCGUGACCUCAGUCUCAAGUACGAACAGGACGGUGUCAAGAGUUGGUGGUAAUAAACACGGUUUUGAAGAAGGUAAGACGGUAAAAGUGGGUAAUAGAAAACAGAGUGUAGGUAAAGAUUCGGGUUUGCAAAAGGGUAACUUUAUGGCCGUUGAAACAAAACAGAAGGUUGGUACUCGGAAGAGCGGGAACUAAACGGACAUGUGGUAGUUGGAAUACUGCGUCGCCAUCUAUUAUCAUCCUAUGCUUUUAUCAUUCCCUUAAGCUUAUAUAAUUGUAACUCUGCUAAGUACGUGUUAUAUCCAAUAAGAAAACUCUGCAUAGUAAUACUUUUAAAUUAUAGUAUGAACCAAUCAAUCUUUUGUAUAAGUAAAUGGAA